AUGAGCCAACUGGCGCCUGUGCCGGAGGGCAGCCGUGCUGCUGCUGCUGCUGCUGCUGCUGAGGUUGAGGUGAAGGAGGAGGAGGAGAACCUCGUCGCUGCGGCAGUGCAAGGGGAACACAAGAAAUACUGCGCGGAGGAGGUGGACAAGGACGCAAAAAGUGAUGUCAAUGGGUCUACGUGGCGACUGCAGCAGCAACAAUGUGGGUGGCAAGACACGUGGGCGUUGGUCACCUUUCUUCUCGUCGUUGGUGUGAGUGCGGCCUGGGGUAUGACGUUUGCGCUUACCGGUGAGCUCACCGAAAGUCUCCAACAGCUCGUGGAGCAGUUGGGGGCGGAUGUCCUCGGCCGCGUCACAACAGCCCAGGUCUUCGUUGGGUUUGCUAUGGGAGUUUCCACUGCCGGGGUCUGCACGGCGGUGGUAGUGCUGCUCUUGGAGCUCGCACCGACUGCUGCCAUCGUGCUGAGUGCCCUCCUUUUCUCAGCCGUGCUGCUGCUACUUUCGGUCGUGGCCUUUGAUCAGGCAAUCGUGCCCAUCGGUGCCACUCUGGCGUUGAUGGGGUUACUGCAGGUCUGCUGGCUGUGCGCUGUGCGGAGUCGCAUUGCAUUCUCUGCCCAACUUCUCGCCGCCGCGUCCGCCGUCAUGCAGCAAUUUCCCGCUCUGCUUUGCAUCCCCGCUCUGCUGAUGAUUGCCUUUUUCGGGCACCUGCUGUGGGGCGUGUUGGUUUUGCACGCCGCCGCCAAACGCAUGCAGCGCGGUGACCUUGCGUGGAUGGAUGGCGGCCUUGCGGCGACCUCCGUCUUUUCCAUCGUGUGGGUCGCAAACCUCGUCUCGGGCGUGUCGCGUGUUACCACGGGGGGGGUUGUGGGGACGCGGUACUUCGCCAGCAGCGAGAACCUGCCGCAUGCUCCAACGUGGGCGUCGUUUAAGCGAGCCACGACGACCAGUUUCGGCUCCGUCUGCCUCGGAGCUCUGCUGAACACGGUGGUGAGUUUGCUGGGCUGGGUCUGUCGUCUGAGCUUAAACACUGGCAGCGAGUUCAUUGACUGCUGCCUGGUCUGCGUGCUGAGCCUGCUUGGCUGCCUUGUCGCCUACUGCAACUUCUACGUCUACGUGCAGGUCGCUCUGUACGGCUGCGGCUACGUGGCCUCCGCCAGGCGUACGUGGCGACUAUGGCAGAAGUGCGCCUGUUCCGCUGCCUUUAAUGACGCCCUCGUGAGCACCACGCUGCGGGUGCUGGAGGUGGGUCUUGCCGGCGUCGUGGCUGCGGUGCUGGCGUGCUCCGUUCGUUCUGUGGCUCUGGAGGUCAUUGUGUUCCUCAUCUUUCUGUUCUCCCUGACGUGCGUGCUCCGCGUCGUCUCGGAGGUCGUGCACACCCUCUUCGUCGGUUUCGCGGAGCUGCCGGACAGACUUGCGGCUUCCUUCCCAGAUCUGCACGCGGCAUUGAUGGCCAGCGAUGACAACUUCGCCGCCAUUCACGCCCACCAGCGUUGUGCCGUUCCAGUCUGA